CGGUUCAGUGCUCCUUGCUGGUCUGCUCAGUUAGUUGUCCUCUUGACUGCGUACGAGUCGUUCGGAUGCGACACGCGCAGGCUGGCGUGCAACUAAAUCCCGGAGCUCACCGAGGAUCUCAUCUCAACACUCCCCGACUUGAGUGCGCCGCCUUCGGGCUUCAACGACUCUCCAGACCCACUUCGCCACGACCCGCUCGGGACUUUUUCCAAUUCACCUCGUCUCAUUGGAGCGUGUUUCCCCCCCCACUCCAACCUUCUCUUUUUAAACGACACGCUCGGGGCAUGGUGCUUUACUUUUGAACCCCCUUCUUCCUCUCCUUGUUCAUGGAGCUAUUCGCCCCGACCUAGAUGUAUCGACGUGUAGGGGAGCGUCUACCUGCCACUGCCGCCUGUCCGCUGUGAGGCGACCCGAACAUGCAGCCGAGCUGAGUCUGCUUUUGUGUGACCGGGACCUCAAUUUGCGGGGGCCUCCUCGUCUGAACCAGGCCAGCCGAGUAGAAGAGGGGUGUCGAUCUGAAAUUCACACUCCGUCAUCCUUCUCGCACGAUGUGAAGAUGACUGGUGACGCUUUGCACAGAACCGCCCAUUGUUGACUUUGUUCCAGCUUCUUGAUCUCGCCUCGGAAAAAAAACAACUUUUGUUGGACGGCUCGCCGAAUAAGGAGACAAUGGCCUCUCCGGCAUGGAGGUGUUCUGCCUUUUCUUGCCUUCUGUUUCUUCUCUGCUGCUGUCACCGUUUACAAGGGUUCAGCCGCGCCGCCCUGCCCUUCGGCCUCGUCCGGCGUGAGCUUUCGUGCGAGGGCUACGCCAUCGACCUACGUUGCCCUGGCAGUGAUGUCAUCAUGAUCGAGACUGCCAACUACGGGCGGACCGACGACAAGAUCUGCGACGCUGACCCGUUCCAGAUGGAGAACGUCAACUGCUACCUCCCUGACGCCUACAAGAUUAUAUCACAAAGGUGCAACAACCGUACGCAGUGUGUGGUUGUCACUGGCUCCGAUGUCUUUCCCGAUCCAUGCCCCGGCACCUACAAGUACUUAGAGGUCCAGUAUGAGUGUGUUCCCUAUAUCUUCAUUUGUCCUGGGACCCUGAAGGGCGUCGGCGAGACCACCUUCCUGUACGAGGCGGAGCAGCAAGCGGGGUCCUGGUGCAAAGACCCGCUGCAGGCUGGGGACAAGGUGUUCUUCAUGCCGUGGACGCCGUACCGCACGGACACUCUCAUCGAGUACGCCUCCCUGGAGGACUUCCAAAACAACCGGCAAACCACCACAUAUAAAUUGCCCCACCGGGUGGACGGAACUGGCUUUGUGGCUUACGACGGUGCCAUCUUCUUCAAUAAAGAGCGCACACGAAAUAUUGUCAAGUUUGACCUGCGCACACGAAUCAAAAGUGGCGAGGCCAUCGUCAACAACGCUAACUACCACGACACUUCGCCGUACCGCUGGGGCGGCAAGACGGACAUCGACCUGGCGGUGGAUGAGAGGGGCCUGUGGGUCAUCUACGCCACGGAGCAGAACAACGGGCGCAUCGUGGUGAGCCAGCUCAACCCGUACACGCUGCGCUUCGAGGCCACGUGGGACACGGCGUACGACAAGCGCUCGGCCUCCAACGCCUUCAUGGUGUGCGGCGUGCUCCACGUGGUGCGCUCCAACUACGAGGAGAGUGAGGGCGACGGUGGAGGAAACCAGAUCGACUACGUUUACAAUACCAAGUUGAACCAAGGCGAGUUCACGGACAUCGACUUCCCCAACCAGUACCAGUACAUCACGGCUGUGGAUUACAACCCCAGGGACAAUCAGCUUUAUGUGUGGAAUAACUUUUACAUCCUCCGCUACGAUCUCGACUUCACGCCGCCGGAUCCCGUUGAAGUGGCACCAGUUGGCGAAUUGCCUAUCUCUUCACCAGCGCCAAGAACCACCAGCAUUGUAGCGGCCACAGCCGCACCCACCGCAAGGAGCCAUGGUGACCCCACAGCGGGUGGAGGCGCGGACCCAAGGGACGGCAGGGAUCCGUUUGAGGACACCCGAGGCUCGGCGACGGCGGUGCCCACCUUGCCCGAGCUGCCGCCCACGCCCAGACGCUUCUGCGAGGCGAUUCGGCGGCGGGCCAUUGACUGGCCGCAGACCCACACGGGAUCCACCGUGGAGAGGCCCUGUCCUAAAGGCACCAGAGGCGUCGCCUCCUUCUUGUGCACGGUGGCAGGGACCUGGUGCUCCAAGGGCCCGGACCUCAGCAACUGCACUUCCCACUGGGUGACUCAAGUGGCACAAAAGAUCCGAAGCGGCGAGAACGCAGCCAACCUGGCCAACGAGCUGGCAUUAAACACGCGGGGCCCCGUGUUCGCCGGCGAUGUCAGUUCUUCUGUUCGCCUCAUGGAGCAGCUGGUGGACAUCCUGGAUGCUCAACUGCAGGAGCUCAGGCCCAGCGAGAAGGACUCUGCAGGACGCAGCUUCAACAAGCUUCAAAAGCGUGAGAAGACAUGCAGGGCAUACAUGAAGGCUAUCGUGGACACUGUGAACAAUCUCCUGAAGCCCGAGGCUCUGAAAUCGUGGCGAGAUAUGAAUUCCACCGAGCAGACGCACGUCGCCACUAUGAUGCUGGACACCCUGGAGGAAGGGGCCUUCGUCUUCGCCGAGAACCUCAUCGAGCCUUCCAUCGUCAAAGUGCCUGCCGAGAACAUCGUGAUGGAUGUGUACGUGGUGAGCACAGACGGCCAGGUGCAGGACUUCAGGUUCCCACAGAGCAGCAGGGGCGGAUCCACGCUUCAACUCUCCUCCAACACGGUCAAAGUCAACAGUAAAAACGGUGUGGCCAAGCUGGUCUUCGUGCUGUACAAACACCUGGGUCAGUUCCUCAGCACGGAGAACGCCACGCUGCGGGGCCUCGGGGACGCCGGCAGACGUAACCUCUCCCUCACGGUCAACUCCCACAUCCUUUCCGCCUCCAUCACCAAGGAGUCCAGCCGCGUCUUUGUGGCCGACCCCGUGGUCUUCACGCUGGAGCACCUGGACAAGGACAACUACUACAAUCCCAACUGUUCCUUCUGGAAUUAUUCCGAGCGGAGUAUGAUGGGAUACUGGUCAACUCAGGGCUGCAAGCUGCUGGACACCAAUAGGAGUCACACCACGUGCUCCUGCAAUCACCUCACCAACUUCGCCAUCCUCAUGGCCCAUCGAGGGAAUGUGGGCAAGGGGAGCGUCCACGAGCUCUUCCUCACUAUCAUCACUCGGAUGGGCAUCGCCGUGUCGCUGGUGUGCCUGGCCAUCAGCCUGUACACAUUCUGCUUCUUUAAAGGCCUGCAGAGCGAUCGCAACACCAUCCACAAGAACCUCUGUCUCAACCUCUUCAUCAGCGAGCUCGUCUUCCUCGUGGGCAUCAACAUGACCGAACCCAAGCUGGUGUGCUCCAUCAUCGCUGGCGUCCUGCACUUCUGCUUCCUGGCAGCCUUCGCCUGGAUGUGUCUGGAGGGCGUGCAGCUGUACCUCAUGCUAGUGGAGGUGUUCGAGAGCGAGUUCUCCCGCCGCAAGUACUACUAUGUGGCCGGUUACCUCUUCCCGGCGGUCGUGGUGGGCAUCUCGGCGGCUGUCGACUACCGCAGCUACGGCACGCCGCGAGCGUGCUGGCUGCGGGCGGACAACCACUUCAUUUGGAGCUUCAUCGGGCCAGUCACUUUUGUAAUCGUGGUCAACGUCAUCUUCCUGGUGGUGACCAUGUCCAAGAUGGUGAAGCAUUCCACCUCCAUGAAACCCGACUCAUCCAGGCUGGGGGGUAUCAGGUCAUGGGUGUUGGGAGCAUUUGCCCUGCUUUGUCUCCUGGGCCUGACGUGGUCCUUUGGCCUGUUCUUCCUCAACGAGUCCUCCGUUGUGAUGGCGUACCUCUUCACCAUCUUUAACACCCUUCAAGGAAUGUUCAUCUUCAUUUUCCACUGCCUCCUGCAGAAGAAAGUCCGGAAAGAGUACAGCAAAUGCUUCCGACAGUCUCGGUGCCGCGGCGCCCUGCCGCCUGACGGCCCCCACGGAUCGGUAAAGACCGCCACGUCUCGGACCACGGCGCGCUACUCUUCUGCUACCCAGAGCCGCAUCAGGCGCAUGUGGAACGACACGGUGAGGAAACAGUCGGAGUCCUCCUUCAUCUCGGGAGACAUAAACAGCACCUCCACGCUCAACCAGGGCAUGACCGGCAACUACCUCCUCACUAACCCCCUCCUCCGCACCCACGACACUAACCCUUAUAACAACCUGCUGGCAGAGACGGUGGUGUGCAACACGCCUUCCCCACCGACCUUUCACUCUCCAGGACAGCAGUCUCUGAGCAACAGCCGGGACAUCAGCGCCAUGGACACCCUCCCCCUCAACGGAAACUUCAACAACAGCUAUUCCCUGCGAGACGACAACUAUGAAGCCGUCGGCGUCCGCGGCCCCCCGCCCGACAUGGGGGGCCUCAACCUGGACGACGCCGCCUUUGAGAAGAUGAUCAUAUCCGAGAUGGUGCACAACAACCUGCGGGCCCGUGCCGCCCCCAGAGGCCGCGGCGCCCAGCGUGAUCGGGACCCGGCACUAGCCUCGCAGACCAGGGCGGCCGCGGACCGGGGCGGGGGAGUCGGCGGCGGAAGCGGCAGCGAGGACGACGCCGUCGAAGCCGAUCGUGUCGAGGCAUCGUCCCCGCAGAGGGCAAGUGGGCGAGAGGGCCACGUGCCCCUGGAGCUGCUCCUGCAGCCACACCACAAGGAGGUGAUGGAGGCCCCCCUUCUGCCACAGAGGACUCACUCCCUGCUCUACAAUGCCCAAAAGGCUCCCAUGCAGUUGGAGGGCCAGGUGGAGACCGUGACGCCGGGGGAGGACGCCAGCAACAACAACAACAGAGACUCGCUCUACACCAGCAUGCCCAACCUGAGGGACUCGCCCUCCGCUUCACUGUACCCCCCCGAGGAGGAAGAGGAGGACGAGCGCUCCCCCUCCACCCGGAGCAACAGCGAGGACGCGUAUCAUAAAAGCAUGCCCGAGCUCGGGGAUGCGCCCCCGCUUUCCUACUAUCACAUAAACCGAGUGCCCAGUGACAGCUGCUUGCCCCCAGCGCCCCCCGCCGCCCAAGAGGGGGACGUCUCCGCUGAUGGACAGAUGCAGAUCAUCACCAGCCUCUGAGCUCAAACCCGAGUGGGCGGGUGUUUCCGGUUGAUGUCAAAUGAGCCGCUGAGCCCGGCUCUGCACUCCACAACCGCACCAGGAAGUCGGGGCGUUGUUGGGUGGGUAAAGGAAUGAAUCUGUGACUUUUUUUUUUUUUUGCACACAAAACUCAUUGAUACUUAAAAACUUCUUCGACUGAGGCCUGAAUGUGUACUGUGAACACUUUGCUGUCAGACAAUGGAGGUGCACAUGCUGUCUAAGGCCCAGUAUACACAUCAAGGUUUCUCAUAUCUUGAAAAGGUUAUUUCCCAUUUCCAGACCACACACAAAGAAAAAAAAAAUCUGUCAUUUUACAGUUUUGGUCAGACCGUGUGUGCCGUGUGCCCAAUAAUGACGACACAGAAAACCACACACACAAAGUUUCUGUUCUACCACCGAGCUAGAAUCCUCCCAAGGCGGAAAUCUGGUGGAUUAAAUUGUGCUGUGACAAAAAAAAAAAAGAAACAUGACCAGUUGUGUUGCAUUGGUGUUUCCUGAAUGUUUUUGAAAGGAUGGGAGGUUGGAAGGCAGUAGAAUGCUGAUGUUGUCAAUAAAGACUUGCGUUGUAAACUACAUCUUGCCGUCUGGCGAACACAUUUGUACAAAAUAUGACAUCUGGUCGGACAUGGUUGUUUUAUUUUAUGGCCCGCUUUGUGGUUCCUCAGUUGAGGCUCUUCUUGAUUGGCUACAUUCUGUUCAACGUCACAGUUCUCGGAGCCAUGACUCGGCAGUGGUCACUUCUCCCACACACCCAAGAUUUCUACUCAAUUUCAUUACUUAACAGAAAAUUUUAAUCAGAGAUGGCUUUAUGUGUCCCUAAAUGUGUGUUUGGCACUGAUUUAAAAAUGUGUCUUCGCUUUCUUUCUAGCACAUCGCAUUUUGGACAUUUUCAUAUGACCUAUAAAAGCUUGCACAAUACGGAUUUUACCGUGCGUUGUAAUUUAAAGCUAAAAAAAAAAAAUCCACCUGUUGCUGAACCAAAGUCUUAGUUCAGAAAUAUGACUAAAUAUUAGACACUACAUUACCGCGGCUAUAUUGUGAAAAUCUGAUGCGUGACAGCAAAAACGAGGGCAGAUUCAGUAUCAGCGCAAAAAAAGUCAAGAAAAAGCACCUCUGAUUAAAAAACUUUGUAAACAUUUGUUGACAUUUAAAGCCCCAACCCACUGAGAGGCGAACAUUAACGGGUGUUGCGAUCUCAUCUGGGUUCAUUCAAGGUCGCAGCUGUUUGCCAAACAGCCACCAGACAUUUGUCAGGUGUCUUGUCUCAAGGUCAUUUUGAACACGUCCUUGCGACAAGAAAAAAAAUACAAAAACCGUUGGCCAACGUUUUGCGAACAUUUGCAACAUUGAAUGAACCCUGACGCGAAUGUGCUUUUUUUGCUCCCUUCGCCAAUGGUCGCAUAGGUUCGCCCCUCAUUGGGAAAGGGGCUUGAAGUUGUCAGCAUCCGACCUGCAUGGAUCCUAUUAUCGGGCCAAAUUAACUCUCAAAACUCAUCUCACAGGAUCAUCUUCUAAGCUAUGUUAUAAGGUAGUCUGGCAUUUGUCGUCCUUGGUCGAGCCUGAGCAAAAUUGGGACAAGAACCAAGAGUCUGUAUGUGUACUGUGUCUCAAGGAUGGAAAUAGGUUAAAUAUCCCAGUAAAGAGGUCCUGACACACUACUGGUGAUCUGGGGCCUGCUUUUCAAAAGCAGGCUCUUUCAAGACAAACUCCAGUGGCUCCACAGUUGUGAUUGUAAAGUAAUGAAAACCAGUAAUUCAGACUCAGGCCUUAUAUUUUCUCUAUUGCACAAUUAACUGUUGUCAUAGUAACAGCUAAAAGAGUUUAUAUUUUGCUGUACCACUAGUGUAAAAGGUAAUAAUGUUUAACAAAACAAAAAAAUAGAAAGAAAAAAAAAGAAAAACUGAAAACCAUUCAGUAGUUAACCCCUCUUCCAUGUUAAUAGAACUCUUCAUGUAAAGUGAAUAAAAAUGGAGGGGAUAUGCUUUGUUCCCUCUCACACUUGGACUUGUUGUCUGAUCAAAUAUGUUUUAAAAGAAGGGCAAAAAAAUUACAGUAUUUGGUGAGGGAUCCGAAUCCAUCUGCUCACAUCUCUGCUUGUAAAGUGCUUUUGCUUUCUUUCAUGGACAAUUCUUUAAAGGAAAAUGUGUCACCUGGACUUUUUGUUUGCGGAAACUUGUCUUUCUUUUACUCUUGUUAAUUUAUUAAUGGAACUAUUUGGUUUAAAAAAAACUGUGCAGGUUGUUGCGGCACUGAUUAGGUUCCUGAUAUUUCUUUUGUAAGAGCCCAUUGUCAGCUGAUAUUUCAUUCAACUCCUGUUUGAUAUCAAUUAAAUGUGAAUUUUUUUUCUUGUUCACAAA